CCCGCCCUUCAGGUGGCGCUGCGGCCUGGCCCUCUGGCGCAGAGGAGGUGGUUAGACCCGCGGCUGGAACCGCGAGCGGCCGGGCAGUGGUCGAUUCCCAUCUGGACGCAGACGAUGGCGAGCCCGCCGGCUGUGCCCCCGCUGCCUCCGCACGACCCGAGGACGCCGGCUCUGUCGGUGGUGGACAUGCACACGGGCGGCGAGCCCCUGCGUAUCGUGCUGGCUGGGUGUCCGGAGGUGGUCGGCCCCACGCUGCUGGCCAAGCAACGCUACAUGCGCCAGCACCUCGACCACGUGCGGCGACGGCUCAUGUUCGAGCCCCGGGGGCACCGGGACAUGUACGGGGCUGUGCUGGUGCCGAGCGAGCUGCCUGACGCGCACCUGGGCGUCCUGUUCCUGCACAACGAGGGCUACAGUUCCAUGUGCGGCCACGCGGUGCUGGCUCUGGGCCGGUUCGCGCUCGACUUCGGGCUGGUGCCAGCGCCCCCCGCCGGCGCCCGCGAGGCCCUGGUCAACAUCCACUGCCCGUGCGGGCUGGUGGCCGCCUUCGUGGAGUGCGAGGGCGGCCGCAGUGGCGGCCCGGUGCGCUUCCACAGCGUCCCGGCCUUCGCGCUGGCCACAGAUUUCCUAGUGGAUGUUCCCGGUCAUGGAAAGGUGGUGGUGGACAUUGCAUAUGGUGGCGCAUUUUAUGCGUUUGUUAGUGCUGAAAAGUUAGGACUUGAUGUUUGUUCCACAAAGACAAGGGACCUCAUGGAUGCAGCAAGUGCAGUGACAGAAGCAGUGAAAGCUCAGUUUAAAAUUAAUCAUCCUGACAGUGAAGACCUUGCCUUUCUAUAUGGAACUAUAUUAACAGAUGGAAAAGACGCUUAUAGUGAGGAACCAACCACCAACAUCUGUGUGUUUGCAGAUGAACAGGUUGACAGAAGUCCUACCGGCUCAGGAGUGACAGCCCGAAUUGCUCUGCAGUAUCACAAAGGGCUUCUAGAACUGAACCAGACCAGAGCCUUUAAAAGCAGUGCAACCGGCUCAGUAUUCACAGGGAAGGCUGUGAGGGUGAGUGGCACCCUUAGCUUCUCAUUUGAAGUAAAAUGUGGUGAUUUUAAAGCUGUUAUAGUGGAAGUAUCUGGACAAGCCCAUUACACAGACAGUGCACCCCCUGAUCAACUGCACCCAGGCCGGCACUCCCUCUGCCCACCCAUGGCUUUACAGGUGAGUCUCCCCUACCUGGAAACUUCUCCUCUUAGCUCUGAGACACAUAAGAAGCCUGCUACCUCCCUACCUGGAGGUGAAGAAUAGAGCUGACCUCAUCAUCACAGCAACUUUUCUGAGAAGAGGCUGAGAAACUUACAUUCUCCUCUUCUGAAAAGCAAAAGUAAAACAAAGCACCCCGAAACACAGGACAGCUGAUUUCUCAGUUGGCCAAAUAUGCCUCAUUAAAUACAUCACUCACCUGCUUAGCUUUUCUCCCUUUACCUGCUUCUUAAUUUUUGCUACUCCCUAGCAUUCCACCCAUGUUCCUUUCUCUCUUCACUCAAUACUCUGUUCCUAAGUCGUCAUAUUCAUGCCCGCGUUUUUCUCUCUUGUAGAGAGGCUGACAUUUCCCAAGUCUCUAAAUCCUAAGCUCCAGAGCCAUACUGCAGAUUCACUACUUGGUGGACAAAGCAGACUCAUCUGCCCCUAGAAUGUGCCCCUCCUCCCGUAUUCCCUAAUUUGAUCAAUGGUACCACCAUCCAUCGAGCCAGGAACUUGGGAUCUAUCCUUGGCUCCUUUUUCAUGCCCUUUUGUCCUGUCUGUUGAUGCUCUGAGGUGGAUGUCUGUGGAUUUGGCCGGCAUCAUUCCUUUUCCCUUCUUUUAUCAACAACACUCUCCUUUUCCUUUGGGAAACCAUCCAUCCCCUUGCACAUAGCCUUGAUGGGGCUGCCAGACAAGGGGUACUCGAAUCAGACUCUCUCCUCUUAAGACCUGGGAUCUUGAGAGAAAUGACAUAAGGUCUGAAAAAUGGCUGAAGCAGACUUAUUCCUAUACAUCCCUAAAGAGAUCACCCUCAGUUCCUUUCUGCUAUCUCUACCUGUAGAGCUGCCCUGACUUCUCUUUUUCUUGGGGUUGGCUGUUAGACUAUCCUUUUGAACUCCCCCUGUCCUUCCAGUAAAUUCUGCUUUUGCUUAAAUGAGACAAUGCCCUCAAUAUAUUGUUUAUAUCCAAAGACUCUAAUCCAUAUACUGCCUCCUUCUUCACUGUAAAUGCCUUAGUUCAGACUCUUUCAUUUCUCCCGUGGGCUAUUACAAUGCCUUUUCUUUUUCUUUUUUCCCCCAAAUCUAUUUAUUCAUUUAUUUUUAUUCAUCUAUUUUUGGCUGCGUUGGGUCUUCACUGCCGCACGCGGGCUUUCUCUAGCUGCGAGGAGUGGGGGCCGCUCUUCGUUGUGGUGUGCAGGCUUCUCAUUGCGGUGGCUUCUCUGUGGCAGAGCACAGGCUCUAGGCGCGCAGGCCUCAGCAGUUGUGGCACGCGGGCUUAGCAGCUGUGGCUCGCGGGCUCCAGAGCACAGGCUCAGUAGUUGUGGUGCACGGGCUUAGUUGCUCCACAGUAUGUGGGAUCCUCCUGGACCAGGGCUCGAACCCGCGUCCCCUGCAAUGGCAGGCGGACUCCCAACCACUGCACCACCAGGGAAGUCCCACAAUGCCUUUUCUUAACUGGUCUCUCAGUUGCCAGAUUCUCUUCCUACAGUCCUUAUAUUUUUAAACAACAUUUAUGACGUUGUAAUAUAUUUGUGUUUGCCUAAAACUGUAAGGUCUUUGGGCUAG